UCGUGGCCACCAUAAAUUUAGUUUAAAAAAGUGCACAAUAUUUUGAUUUUCUCUAGUCUGCGUCGCUUGUCCACCAACCAUCCUCUCCCCCCAUCUUAUCCAUUUUCUCCCAUCCCUCCCCAUAUCUUUUGCUGCCCUCACUCUCUCCUUGUACUUCCCUUGAUAUUCUUUUCUGAUUUUAUUUAGUGUUUGUGUAAUUGUCUUAGAUCCUUUCUCUUUUCAGAUAAUAAUGGCUACCCUGUCUCCGGCCACCAUUACUGCAACGGCCACUACCACCAUUGCCAACUCUAGGAGGAGGAGGAACAAUGUGCAUUACAUAACAGGGCUGAACUCUUUUGGUGGGCUCAAGGCUCACAACAGCGUGGCCUCACUUGGUCUUCCUGUAUGCACCCAGCAGUCCUUUGCAAAGGUGGUGAGCUCCCUGAAGCUUCCAUCACAAGGCAAUGGCGGCAGAGGUGGAGGAGCUCUAUCUUCUACCUGUAAUGCUGCUGCUGAGAUAUUCAGGAUUGCAGUAAUCAUGAAUGGGCUCACUCUUGUUGGAGUUGCAGUGGGGUUCGUUCUUCUACGAAUCGAAGCGUUUGUUGAAGAGGCCGAGUGAGAAUUUUAGGAGCCUUCGCUUGUUUUAUGCUUUUGUUCAUCAAGAUUGUAUCUUUCUUCAUGAAUUCUUCAAUUUAUGUAUUGGAUAUUUAAAACAAA